UGUGGUUGCGACUUACACGCUUCACUUUAUAAAUUAGUAUCAAAGGUUUCCUGAAGGGUUAAUGGAUAAAGGGAUUAUUUGACUUAAUCCAACGUGAUCGCCACCAGCAAAACCCAAGAAGUAGAAACGAGACUUUAAAGCGGUCUAAGCACUCCCCCAUCCCAGUGAGCACCCUCCCCUCCACGAUGAGAUUCCAGCAGCUUAUGCAUGUGCGCAGAUUGGCCAGCGCCGGGGCCACCACCUUGAUGCGGCGACCCACCACUGGGAGCACAGUCACCACCACAUCUCCGGUCACCUCACCUCAUGUAGCCACCACCAUGGUGCGCACAAUGGCGGGUAGCGGGUCACCGAUACCAGAGCUCACCCAGAUCACAGACAAUGUGCAGCGGGGUAACUAUGCCACAUUGACCGACAAGGAUGUGGCGCACUUUGAGAAACUUUUGGGCAAGAACCAUGUCCUCACCGAGGAUCUGGAGGGAUAUAACAUAUGCUUCCUGAAGAGGAUACGAGGCAACAGUAAGCUGGUCCUGAAGCCGGGCAACACGGCGGAAGUGGCUGCAGUGCUUCAGUAUUGCAACGAGCGUCGCCUGGCGGUGGUGCCGCAGGGUGGAAACACCGGUCUGGUGGGUGGAUCCGUUCCCAUCUGUGACGAGAUUGUGCUCUCACUGGCACGCCUUAAUAAGGUGCUAUCCGUGGAUGAGGUAACCGGCAUUGCAGUCGUCGAGGCUGGCUGCAUCCUGGAGAACUUUGAUCAGAGGGCAAGGGAUGUGGGCCUCACAGUGCCACUGGAUUUGGGUGCAAAGGCCAGCUGUCAUAUUGGUGGCAAUGUGUCCACCAAUGCGGGAGGAGUGCGGGUGGUGCGGUACGGCAAUCUUCAUGGCUCUGUUCUGGGCGUAGAGGCGGUGCUGGCCACCGGUCAGGUUCUGGACCUCAUGUCCAAUUUCAAGAAGGAUAACACUGGUUAUCACAUGAAGCAUCUGUUUAUUGGAUCCGAGGGCACACUGGGUGUGGUCACCAAGCUCUCCAUGCUAUGUCCCCACUCCUCGCGGUCCGUCAAUGUGGCUUUUAUUGGUCUGAACUCCUUUGACGAUGUGCUGAAGACCUUUGUCAGUGCCAAGCGGAAUCUUGGAGAGAUUCUCAGCUCCUGUGAGCUGAUCGAUGAGCGGGCACUUAACACGGCCCUGGAGCAGUUCAAGUUUCUCAACUCACCCAUUUCCGGGUAUCCCUUCUACAUGCUGAUCGAGACCUCUGGCAGCAAUGGGGCCCAUGAUGAGGAGAAGAUCAACCAGUUUAUAGGCGAUGGCAUGGAACGCGGUGAGAUCCAGGAUGGCACUGUCACUGGGGAUCCGGGCAAGGUCCAGGAGAUCUGGAAGAUCCGUGAAAUGGUGCCCCUGGGACUGAUCGAGAAGAGUUUCUGCUUCAAGUAUGACAUCUCGCUGCCGCUGCGUGACUUCUACAACAUUGUGGAUGUGAUGCGGGAACGAUGUGGUCCACAUGCCACUGUUGUGUGUGGCUAUGGUCACCUGGGUGACUCCAAUUUGCACCUGAAUGUGUCCUGUGAGGAGUUUAAUGACGAGAUUUACAAGCGUGUGGAGCCGUUCGUCUAUGAGUACACCUCCAAGCUGAGAGGUAGCAUCAGUGCUGAGCAUGGCAUUGGCUUCCUGAAGAAGGAUUAUCUGCAUUACUCCAAGGAUCCGGUGGCCAUUGGUUAUAUGCGAGAGAUGAAGCGGCUCCUUGACCCCAAUGGCAUCCUUAAUCCCUACAAGGUGCUUAAUUGA